AUAAAACAAACUUGUCGUUGUUGUUCCUGACCACCUAGGCAGAGUCAAAAACUGCCCCCUCAAAUCCCACUUUUAUUUUUCCAACAUUAGAAAACAACGGUUUCAUCUCUAUUACCACAAAUUACAUAUCAUUUCCAAAUGCCCUCACUUUUUUCUCUUCUUCCUUUAUUUUCCUCUCAAUAUUUCCCCUUUAUUUUUCUUAACUCCUCGUCGUCGAAGAGGACUUCGACGACGAAGUACCAUCAUUUCGUCGCUAAUGAUAAUAAGAACAACAUUAGCGACGACAAAGAAGAAGAAACACCGGCGUUAGCAGUUUUUUCUUCUUCUUGUUACCAAAAUUAUGAAUGUUUUGGCACCAUUCCAGCUAUUGGAACUCAAUGUGAUCUCAGCCCAAGAUUUGAAGCCCGUAUGUCGUCGCAGAAUGCGAACCUACGCGGUGGCUUGGGUCCAUUCGGAUCGUAAGCUGUCGACCCGAAUCGACACCCAAGGCCACAGCAACCCAACAUGGAACGACAAGUUUGUUUUCCGUGUCGAUGACGAGUUUCUUCACGGUGACACCUCGGCUGUCAUGAUCGAAAUUUACGCCGUGCAUUGGUUCCGUGACAUCCACGUGGGAACCGUCCGAGCCAUCGUCGGAAACCUUUUCCCGCAGCCAAUUUCUCGGCCGCACCAUCGCCAUGGAGUCCAACUAGGGAUGAGUUUCAUUGCGCUUCAGGUUAGGAGACCAUCGGGUCGACCCCAAGGGAUUUUAAACAUUGGAGUGGCGUUGCUUGAUAGUUCAAUGAGGAGCAUGCCAUUGUACUUACAAAUGGGGUCAUCGGCAGUUGGGUAUCGGCAUUUAAUGGGCGAGGAAGAUCCGUUUCAAAGCUCCAAUAACAAUCCUCUUUCGAGCACUACCAAAAGCAAUAACAAUAACCAUCAGCUUUUGCUUAACGACUUGAUCAAACCCGAGCUUCGACGGACCAAAAGUGAUUCAAGUUCGGUUUUCGAGUCAGAUGUAAGGCCCAGAAGAUCCAUGAUAGGGUCGUCCAUUAUCGAUGGUGGGUCAGUUCUUUAUGGUGGUGGGUCAAUGGUUAACGGGUCAGAAAUUGGGAAAAACAAUUACAGGGUUAAUUCCAGGGGAAGUUCCAUGGUAAAUUACACGUUUGACAAAAGUAGUAAUAAAAAGGGAAAACCAAGUUCGAUUAUUAACGGGUGGGAGGAUCCAGGAAAAAAGGGUCAUGAAAAGGGCACCAAUGGCCCAAAAAUUGGGUUGAAAACACCCCCUGGCAAGUCACCAGUUGGGACAUUAAGGUUGGAUUACGGGGCUCCCAAAAAACUUGGUGGGCCGAAAAUUUGGACCGAUUCAGAAUUAGGUCCAUCACCAUCGGAAGUGGCGGCUGCCGUGGCAAGAAACAUGCAUCUUAACAGAAUGGAUGAGACAGAGAGUUCAUUGGACGGAGGUUGGAGUUUGGAUGACAGCAUCGAAGGGCUUCGGUCGAAACUAGAAAGGUGGAGAACCGAACUCCCACCAGUUUAUGACCGAGGUGGUGAAAUUUCUAGCUUCUUGUCUAGUGGGAUUCCUUCAACAAUUGCCAAAAAAGCAAGACAUGUUAGAAGACAUACUGACAAUGAGGGAUUGUUUUCAUGUUUUGGUAACAUUUGUGGAUGUGAAAUUUCCAUUACAUGUGGGGGUGGAGCUAGAAAAAAGGGGAAAUCAAUGCAUCGAAGCCCUUCCGUUGAUACCUUGAGUUUCCUUUGA